UGUUUCGGGUACGGGCGUACUGCUGUCUCCGAGACGCGAUAAACAACAGGCUCCACGUGAGAGAGUCCCAGCGAGCGCUACUUCAAACCAAGCGGCGGACGUGCAAGCGACGCACAGCGCAGACUCGGGAACCCGUGGAGCAAGCACGCCAGCAAGCAAAGCGAGCGCUAGGCCUAAAGGCGACAGAGAAAAGCGCACGGCAGACGCGAGCAGCGCGGCUUGACGGGAAGAGCGAGCCACCGCAGCACCUCCUUCCAACCACGGCGAACGAUUCAUGGCGACCACCCGCUUGCUGAACGGAGCCCCAGGACUCGUUCAAAACCCCGGACUCGACCUCAUCGGCAAGGAGAAGUCGUCGGCGGGGACCCAGGCGGACGCCUACUACAACGGUGCCGUCUCGUACGAGGCACUCGGCGGCAUCGACCCGAAGCACAUGGUGCAGACCCAGAUGGCGUCCACCUACCCCCAGUACGUGACCCAAAAUGGCGGCGAGCGGGCUGACGGCAAGGACGGCUCCUUCGCCCUGCCCAUUGUCACCACGAACGGCGUAGAGCAGCAGACGAUCGUGAAACAGAAACUGUCGGCCGAUGCUGGCGCAGCCGCGCGCAUGCGCAUUGCUUACCUCGAGCAGCAACCAGGCGCUCUCGAAGCCAGGGACAUCACCGGCGCAGCCGUCGACAAACAAACUGACCUGGAGCCCGAUGCCAAUGGUGGUGCCACGGGAGUGGUACUCACUGGUGCCCAGGCGGCCGGAGCCGGAGCUGCAGCGGCAGCAGCGGCGGCGGCGGCGGGCAUGGCGGCCGUGGAGGCAGCCAAGAACGGCCAGCCCAAGCGGCUGCACGUCUCAAACAUCCCUUUCAGAUUUCGAGACCCCGACCUGCGGCAACUGUUUGGCCAAUUUGGUGCCAUUCUUGAUGUUGAAAUCAUCUUCAACGAACGGGGUUCGAAGGGCUUCGGUUUUGUCACGUUCGCAACUAGUGCGGAUGCGGACCGAGCACGAGAGCAAUUGAACGGCACAGUUGUCGAAGGCAGAAAGAUCGAGGUAAACAAUGCGACAGCGCGGGUACAGACCAAAAAGACGCCGACAAUACCCAACGGUGAGCAGACAGUGGCCGCUCUGCGGGGCGUAGCGAUUCAGCGGGGCCGAGCGCGGGGCGCGGCCGCGGCCCCGUUCGCCGCCGCCUUUGCGCGACACCCAUCACCACUCACUGCAGCUGCUGCUGCUGCUUCCGCACUCCAUGGUUACACUCCCCUCUGGCCUGAAUCAUUCCCUUCCAGUGUGUACCAGGACCCAUUCCUCGCAUAUGCAGGUGCUGAGAGGUACCAACUUCCGGCAACGUAUGCAGCGAGCGCUGCCUACACAGCGGCAGCAGCGAGGAGUUAUGCGGCUGCAGCGGCAGCUGCGCAACCAGCCGUGGCUUCCUACACUGCUGUGGCAGGCUCCCCUUCGCUCUACUACAGCUACGGGCGGGAGUAUGCCGACCCCUACCUGGGUCACAGCAUAGGACCAGUCGCCGGCUAUGGGACUGCAGUCUACCGGAGUGGCUACAACCGGUUCACUCCCUACUGAAGGUGUCCCGCUAGUGGAGCAGCUACGCCGGGUGGGGAGGGACGAUGAGGGAGGACGAGGUGGUGUCUGUGGCAAGAAGGAAAAACCAAGGGGAAAAAAUGCAGCAAAAAGAAAAAUCUUGUCACCGACAGCAGCGUGCAACGUGGAAACUUUGCCACCUUCAUUGUCGCUCCCUUACUUGUCAUCGUCUGGCUUUUUUUUUUAUCUCUGUCUUUCCCUCAGCCUUUAGUUCUUACUCCUCACUCAGCACAUAAGGCAAAAAAAAAAAAUAUUCAGGUGGAGAAAAUCUGUCUUUUGAUCACUGCAUUACUCGCCGCUCCCCGUAUACAAGUGUGCGUACACUUCUUCUGUCGUCCCUCGCGAGAAUCUGUGCUGCUCACUUUCUCACGGGGGCUGUGGGGUUCCCUGAUUCCCUAGGACACGUGACGGUGUUGGCACGUCACCGGCUGCGCCGAUUGUGAUGCGAGCCAUCGUCUUGUCACUUAUCCCCCCCCCCCCCCUACGGAGAAGACUUUUUGUGGACCUCUGUUGGCCCGCUGGUUUCACUUCUUGUGCGGUACUUUGUGGCUCUAAAUUUCUAUUUCCUUUAAACCUUGAUUUAGCAUCCAUUCUUUCUUACCUUUAUUUCGAUUUCACACAAAAGGAAUGUAUGAAGCCGUGCAACUUCCUUUUAGUUUACCCGUUAAUACAUGCCGAGGUCACUGUAGCCGUUCGUCGUGCUUCUAUCCGUACUUGCAUUGGUCCCUCCUUUGCAGUUAUGACAUUUCUUUCUGGACCUUUGGGGAUAGCCCCCCCCCCCCCCCCCCCUUUUUUUUUUCUUACCUUCUUGGUCGUUGGCGGCGCAUCUUCACCUCCUGUAGUGAAUGCGACUGCAUUGUAAUUUAUGUUGUUCUUUCGAGUGAAUAAGUCUAGCUUUUUUUAGAGCGCGUUUUUUGAAACAUCAUGAUUAUUUCUCUAUUCUUCUUUGAAAAUUCUGGUGGGCCCCUUUCCUCUUCUUAAGCUGCAUCGGCCUUUGUUUGUCAACCUACGUUCGCGUUUAUUUUUACUGUAAUUUUUUUUUCGUUGUUGUCGUUUGCCAAGGCGCAUUUUUAGCAUUUGUGUUCAGUCUUCGUCUGUUUAUUUUGUUAGUGUUGUCAUGUUUCGAUUCAGGUCACCACUUCAGCGUGCAUUGUCGCGGUCAAAGAACAGUAGAGGGGGAAAAAGAAAGGCCUGUAAGUGAUGGUUAAGGAGAGAUUUUUUACGGAAAGCACCAGAUGCCCUCUCUCUCUCUGCUUUGGUUAUUGGCAAAAAAAAGACAUUGAAAUCCUCCUAGAAAUCAAUUUGCUCGUCUCGUUAAGCUCGGAGCAUGUCGGUACAGUGUUUUCUCUUGAGCAAAAAAUGUGAAGCACUGGCAUUACACAGCUAUGCAGAGGAACUAAAUAAAAUCAUCGCAUUGUUCUCUCCAGAUGUCGAAAGAAUAAAGUAAAAGUUACUGAAUUGUCACAGAACACUGCAGAUCUAGCAGCUGCAGUUUCAAACCCAUGACAAGCGAGUUUCCUGUCGUUGCUUAUGUAGCUACAGGUACAUAAUUAUGCUCUCAGGCUAACAGUAUAUAUUUUUUUCAGGCUUUACGAGGCAUUAGUUAUUGCAAGGAGUCUGGUAGAGCAUUUUAUUGCCGCAAUAUGGCUAUGUUUUGUAGCUCCGUUACGGUUCUGUUUCGUGGCACAAAAAAAAUGGCAUGGGGUAGUUCCUGAACCGGAUACUUCGGGCAGUCAGUCAUGUCGCCAAAGACUAAAAUACUCUUGGAAAGUUGCACGAUGGUGACAUACACACAAGCUCAGUUUUUUUGUGUGUUUUUUCUUUUUCCUCCUUUGUACAUAUUUAUUAUCUUGUCCAAGCAGUCAUACCCUUCCCUCUGCAUUCCUAAAACUUUUUAAGUCGUGUAGUACUGUGAAAUGAGUGAAAUAGCCCCCCCCCCCCCCCCCUUUUUUUUUCUUAUUAUUCCUGCUUGUUCAACUGGCUGUGUCGACAGUGCCGAAAGCCAACUCUGCAAGCGUCACGAGUGAAACACAAUGAGUGAUCGAAAAAGAGGGAAAGGUGAAGCCCAAGCAUCAACUGUUUGCAUCACCAACGACUAAUCUAAGACAGUGAGGGCAGCAGUUCUUAUUAGCCUCGCCACCCACCUCCCUUUUUAAAGCAGAUAUCCCUCUCGAAACUCUUGUAUCGUAGAGCAGCUUCUGCUUUUUGCAUUCUGCACGCGUUUUUGAUAAAGUCGUCGAUGCCUCCACUCUUGUUAGCCUGGCGUGAAGUUUAGAUAGCUCCUCUUGGUCUUUUCUAUCACUGUAGUUUCUGGUUGCGUUUCCAUGCCCUUUCGGCUUUUAAAAAGUUUGUCUUCUCAAUAGACCUGUGCUUGUAUAUCUGCACUCGGGACACUGUAGCUGCAUGUCAUAUUUGCUUUAAUGUGGCCGUUUCGUUCCUGCAAGUGUUUUCCCACCCGAGACAAUGUUGAAUGUGGUUUUAUUUUUCGUGUGUGUCAAAAUGCCUGUUUUGAUGUUGCACUCGUGAGACAUACAGAUCGAGUGGCAAACGGCACAUACUCAUCGCCCUCAAGAGGGCCCAUUUUUGGCAUUGGCUUUUUAAAUCCUGUGGCUUUAAGGUGGGAAACUUAGUCAGUAGGCAGUUCUUUUUUGAAUUGUCUGUGUCUCCAUUCAUUCAGACCAUUCUCAUCUUUCAACGACCCUCUGCUAAAUUUGUACCGGAUCAUUGCUUGCAAAGUAGUCCUGCCGUUGUGCAUCUCGGGACUGUUCUAUGCUUUUAAAAUUUUGUUGUUGCAGCUGAUUCGUAGUUCUCCACGUGUGUACAAGACUCGUGUGCUUGGACUAUUCGAACUGCAUCACUCCAAACCGCUCCUGUGUGUGAGGUCGACGGCAGCUGAUGCCCAUUAGUAAGGGCUCUUGCAGUACUUGUGUAUGUGUGUGUGUGAAACCCUCUUUGUAUUUCGCUUUGAACAUGUCUUCUACUCAUGUUUGCCUACAGCAUUCUUUAGACGGAGUUCCAAAUGCAAUCAAUAUUCUACGCAUCAGUUGUCUUUGUUGCUUGGUCACUUCUUGCAGUGAAAUAUGUAUCUUAAUUUGAUGUCAGCAAUAUUUCUUUCAUUAAGAUUCAUUUCAAAUUUCUUACUUUCCUUAUUUCAGUGCGAAUGUGCUAAGAUUUGUUUUGUCUACCUCAAGAAUGUCAUAGGUGUUCCUUUAUUUAACCUUUUGCUGGGACCCUCGAUAGUGGAGUAAAAAAAGAUUUGGUGUUUUAUCGUGAGAAGCUCGACUUUUUUUUUUUUUUUUUUUUGCUUUUCUGGAUCCUCUUUUGUUCAAUAGAGAGCAGAAUACAGGCAUGACAACACAGUCUGGUUUGUUCAAGUACAAAAUUUCCCAACACUUCUGACCCCAUUGUUGUAACACUUUUCAAAUCGCUUGAUACCCUUUACUUUUCAUGGCAAAUAUGAAAAGCAGGAAAGAAAACUUUUUAUUAGCUUAUAAAAGUUUCACGAGUUCGUGCUAAAUAUUUGCAUGUGUGCCCAUGUGUGCAGUUUUAAAUUUAGACCAUUUUUGCUACAAAUCCAUUGACGAAAAAUUUCUCUGUUGUCGCCACCUAGGCUUUUCACGAGUGAUGCUGAGUGUCACACUUUCUUUUGUAUUUUCUCCCGAAUGUUGUUCUUUCAUGAAAGGAUGCGAACAGUACACGCAAUGAAUCUCCUCUUGUUGCUACACAAAACAAAAACAAGCGAAGCAAGAAGUGGGCAAGCAGUCUUUGUUUUUCUCCUUUUCUAUGUGUUGUAUGUGUAAUAAUGGUUGAAUAAACGAAACGGCCGAUGUACAA